UCAUGUGAUCUGAUUGUUACAUUCUUAUUUCAGAGUCACCACACAGCUGCAUGACCAUUUCAACAAGGACGGAAUAAACAACCUCUGGAUUCAUGGAACUUCUUUGCACACAAAUAUAUUAAUUGGAAUAUUCAAUAAAUUUCACAUAGAAACAUUGUGAAUAUUAUUUUCAACAGUGUGUUGAAAACAACCUUUUUUGGCUCAGAAAGGUUCCUUAUGUCUCAUUAUUCAUAUCCUUUCAAUACUUGUCGGUGUGUAAUUCCAGACAUAGAUGUAAACAUUAAUGAGACAACAAUGAACAUUUUUCAACAAGUGAACCCACUUGAAAAUGAUGGCAACUAUGGAAUAGACAUUUUCACUUCAAUUCUGCACUUUAUUCAGUGGACAACAUGGGAAUAAUAAGGCUCCGUGCAAGUUGCAGUCAAACUAAGCUGGCUUUAGCUCAGGAAAACUGAAAACCGGUACAUCUAACUUCACCUGUUUUUCAACUUUUAGUUUCCAGCCAGAAGGAGAGGCUUCGUAAUGAACAUGCGACCGGUGCGGACCAUGAGCCAACUGCCAUAUUGUUACUACGAGGGAUAUCUGGAGAAGAGGUCCUUUAAAGACAAGAAAUCUCGCAAACUGUGGACGUGCCUGUGCGGCAGCACACUUUUCUUCUUCAACGACAAGAGGGACACUGAAUACCUUGAAAAGCUGGAUCUCAGUGGACUGAUUGAAAUCACAGAUGACACCUCGGUGGAUUGCAACCUGCAUGCAGCAAGGCUGAAUCUACAAAUUAAAGACAUCCACAUCGGAUUUUCUGCUCCGAACGCAGAGGCUCGUGAGCUUUGGAAAGGCCUCAUUCAAUCCGUGUCUGAGCUGUCCGUGUCUUCCUCCCUCAACCUGAUGCCGGGACAAAUACUCAUGCUGGAAGAUGUCGUGAAAAAGGAGAAAGAAAGACAAAAAAACAUGGACAUGCCAGACUGCUUCCACCCGGUGUCCCGCACGGAGGCGGAGCUUCUUCUGGAACGAGACGCCAGCAGAGGAAACCUGCUGCUCAGGCCCAGCAGUUACGGCUGCGCCUUCGCUAUUAGCACCCGUGAAGAAUUAAAUGGGCCUAUCUACAAACAUUAUCAAGUGAGCCGGAAUCCCGACGACAGCUUCACCAUCAAUUUGGACAAGCCUGUCACCUGUGCGUCGCUACCCGACAUCGUCCGGUACUUCGUGGACACCACGGACGGCGCUCUGAACUCUCUAUCACGAGAAGAAACCUACGAGCAGAAUAUAUCUUUUGUUGACGUCGAUAAUGAAAAUGGAGAGAGGACAGUGCGGGACGCUGCUGUGGACGUCACCAUGCUUGAUUUGCCAACCAAACCAGCAAUGACAAAAGCUUUGAGUCAAGAAGAAGAAAAUACCUAUGUCAACAACAGCGAGCAGCGAAUUUUCACUGACAGAAGGUCGUCAGAGCCGGAAAUAAAAGCUCAAGUGAAGUCAAAGAAAGCUCCAAUUCCCGCACGCCGCAAAAACCCGCCCUCCUCCCAAGUCUCGGUCACCGGGUCGACGCAUAGCAAAGAGACGAAGAUGAGGAGCCACAUGGAUCAUCUCGGCCAGACCAUAUCAGAGCUCAAGCAGAAGUUUGAGGACAAGAGGACAAGGUUUGCCGACUAACCUGAGAAGAGUUGACCUCUGCAACAAAAUCACUGUGAAUCCCCCCCCCCCCCCCGACAACCCAUGUGUUGCCAUGACGACCCCAACUUAGACCCAUUUGCAAUACUUUACACGGGUACCACUGUUAAUAGUCUACAUAUGUGCAAUGUGUAAAAAAAUAAAAAAAAAAAGUAUUUAAGGUUGUUUUUUUAUUGUUCAUAAUGGACAAUGACUGCCAGAUAAAUGUAAAUAGAGCAAACGUGUAUAUUCAAUGUACAGUAUAUAGUUUUCUACAGGAUAUAAAGUGAAUAAAAGUCAGAAAUGUAAUGAAGUGUGCUUGCCUGUUUUUCAUCUUUGACCAAAAUGAAACAUUUCUGGAGGGAUUUCGUUCUUUCUUUUUUUUAAAUUAAAAAGCUUUUAGA